UCUGAGGGAUCGUUUGGUUGCACUACAAGGGGGUGUUUUAAGGAGUCAUAACAAAUUAAAACUCUCUAAUCCAACCUUGUUUGGUUGCUAAAAAUGCUCCUUAUUAUAUCUAGUCUUAUUUCGUAUACAUAGAAAAUAAGUAUACAAAUAAUACGUUCUACCCAUACUAUUGAGCCAAUUUUAAUACCACGUGAAGAGGUGGUAUUAUAAUACAGUAUAGCCGUAUUAAGUUAUAUUUUACUAUUUUGCCCUCCAACUAAACGAAAGGAUGCAUAACUAGAUUCGAUUGAUGGUUUUUUGGUCAAUAUGUAACUAGCACUCUAGUAUCCCACUCUUAUCCAAUAUCUUACUAAACACUAAAUUACAAUGAGUAUUAUUUUUAUCCCAUAUUUAAUCUCAUAUUUUAUUCACUUACACAGAAUUAGCUUGUAUUAGCUAAUACGAUUCUUUCUUUUACUAUAUAGCAACCAAAUGAGCCUGAGUAUUACAUAAAAAUAUGUUUUGUUAUAUUUCAGCGUAAUGGAUGAUAGAACUUUUUUACUUAAGAAGUGUUUAUUGCCACUACUAUAGCAAUGCCUGUAAAGCUAGUUGGCUGUUGUUUGUGGGGUAGGGUGGGGGUGGGUUCAGUUAUUGGCAUCCAGGCUAAUGGCCUUGGGAAAAAAAGCACCAUUGAGCUAUGCCACCGUGUUCUCCAAUGUUGUGUCAGAAGCAGUGCACUGAAAGCAUGGAUGAGCUCCAUGAGGGCAUUAAGUGUUCAGAUGCUUGUAACAAGAGAAUUAUUUCUUCUCGGUUUGGAUAAGUACGGGAAAGGUGAUUGGCGAAGUAUAUCUCGAAAUUUUGUGGUAACAAGAACGCCAACACAAGUGGCAAGCCAUGCGCAGAAGUAUUUCAUUCGUUUAAACUCUAUGAACAAAGAUAGGAGGCGAUCGAGCAUUCAUGAUAUCACUAGUGUUAACAGUGGUGAUGUAGCAGUGCCCCAAGGGCCAAUUACGGGUCAAACAAAUGGUUCUGCAGGAGUUUCAAGUGGCAAAUCAAACAAACUACCACUUCAAGCCCCAGCUGCUCCCCCUGGAGUUGGCAUGUAUGAUGCACCAACUAUAGGGCAACCAAUAGGGGGACCCCUUGUUUCAGCAGUUGGCACGCCGGUAAAUCUUCCUCAACCAGCACACAUGGGAUAUGUUGUUAGGAACCCAGUUCCCGGGACAUUAGUUCCUGGUGCCCCAGUGAAUAUGGGUUCCAUGACAUAUCCAAUGCCGCACACACCUGCUCAUAGGUAAUUUGGUGUUUAGCUUUGAAAAUGUACAAAGGACUGAAGACUAUAGAGAUCGCAUGCUCAUUUUAGGGCCGUUGAGUUCUUGAUUUGGGCGGGAAUAAUAAUUGCUUAUCUUGCAGACGAAAGUGUGCUUUUAAGUUAUCUCAUUAGGUUCAAAUAAGACCUAGGAAAAGCUAGGUGCAUCUGUAUAGGCAGCUCUGGAUAAUGUGGCAGUAUUCAGGGGUAGGACAGCAUUCUAGUUUCUUUCUAGUUUUAAAAGGGAAUGUUCCUCGCAAAUAUUAGGCAUAGAGGUAGUUGUUGCUGAAGGGAAGUUUUCUUAUGCCGAAAUUUGUAAAGAACCGAAUGCAUUAUUUUUGAGUAUUUUGAGU